AUGCUGGUGGCUGUAGAAUAUAAAGGAGUCAGCAAAUGGGUCAGGGUACCACAGGCCGAGGAGGAGUACAGUUACUCACUGUUUUUGCAAGCAGAUACCCAUACUGAGGUGACGUUCUUAGAGGGCUCAUCUUCAUCAGACUGGUCCCCAUCACCAUCAUGUGCAUCCCAAGGGUCAUCAUCAGGCUCUGUGGGCUCUGACUCAACAGUGAUACUGGAAUCUACAAAGACUCGGAGAAGACAGCUGAUUGAAGGGCCCCUGGAUGGCAACGUUGCAAAAGAUAAUGUUAGAGCUGUUCUGUGUGCAAAGCCUGGUGGAAAAGAAAUACUAGAAGAGUACAAGAAAACAAGCACCAUCAGUGAUGUUACAAGAAGAAAGAUGGUCAACAUGCUUAUGGCAGAUAUGGUGGAGAACCAUGGGAGGGUACCUCCGGUAAAUGUGCGGAACCUCUAUGCACUUGGGAUUACAACACUGUUCCCAAAAUUGAGUGACCCAGAUUCCAAGAAUGGAUAUGAACAUUUUUAUGAUCAUCAGGGUGGUUCUGGCUAUCUAGCGUGGAGGCUGAUAACUGUUCAGCGGACCUCUGCUCAAGACCACAAGAAAUCCAAGACAACUUUCCAAGAGGGCCCCAAGACUCCACGCAGUAUCCAUUCAGAUGAGAAGCAGUUGACCGGGGAUGAAUGCAGGGAAGCCAUAUCAGUGAUGAAACGCUCAAGUGAUACAAUCCUUGUCAAAAAUAAGAUGAAGGCUACACUCCAGCACAGACAAAGAAUCAUUCAAAACCCUGAAAGUGCCUCUACUGUCCUGGAUCUCUUUCCCAGAUUCUUGGAUACGCCUGGCUUGAUUGACCAAGACUUCUCAAUGAUCUUUGGUGAGGAGGUGUCUGGUAAAUUCCUCUCCAAGUGGCCAACCUUUUUCAAACCUAUAGUCAUCGCAGAUUGCUGCAAGAACCUAACUCCGAGUCCGCAUGUUGAUGAGCUGCUUCUGUCUGCACAACAAGAGUCUGAUGAUUGUGUCUGGCAUUCUGAGGAGUGGGAUUCCGAGAUGGCUGCCAUCCUUCUUCUGCUUCACCUCCUGCCUCCAACAGUUAAAGGCAAGAAGAGUGGCAAGAUGAGUGCUUCGGAGGCUACUCGACGCCUAAUCAAGUUCAUGAAUGUGGGAUCAAGCAUGGAGACCUUCCUUAAAGAAACUGGCCCCAGACAGCCCUUUCUGCUCGGUGUCGGAGAAAGAAGCAACUGCAUCCAGGACUUCUACAUCAUCCUGGACCAGAAGGCCAUUCCCUGCAGGAUGCAGACCCCAGUUGCUGCCUUUGAUGAGCUCUUCAAGGCGCAUUAUGCUUUUGCUGUGUCGUAUGAUGAUGCCCUGUCCAGCUUCUUCAUCUUCAUCUUAACUACUGUGUAUGGCAUUGACGUCGGCAAAGUGAAAGAAAGUCCCAGAGUAAAAGAAAUUCGAGCAAGGCUUCUUCACUGUGAGGUUUGA